GUUUAGGGUGAAGCACUGAUUAAUAUAAAAGUUGAAGUUAAAGAGGAAGAAGAAGAGACGUAUGUGUGGGGUGAUCAGCUGUCCACGGAAGAGUUUGGGAUGAUUAUAAAGAGUGAACAGGAUGAUAUUUCUCCACUUAUCAACACAGCAGAUGGAUGUGAUGUGAGGAAUUCCUCGGAGAGACAUCUUCUAUUAUCUGCUGAUCGUAAGUCAGAGGAUAAUGUCAUCACACAGGAUCCUCCAGGAGGAAAUCCAAAUACACAAAAUAUACAUCACAGACCUUCCUGUCCGGAGACAUCAAUGCAUCCCUCUGAUCAGGGGGAAUCUUCUCAUCAAUCACAUACUAUGAUUGUAAAUAUCCAUGCAAGAUCUCACUAUGCAGAUAGAUCAACAGAUCCUUCUAAUCCAGAGGAAUCUUCCUCACCCCAUGAAGGAGAUCACCGAGGUGACAAUCUAUUCUCAUGUUCAGAGUGCGGGAAAUCUUUUACUCAGAAGGGAAAUCUUAUUCGGCACCAGAGAAUUCACACAGGAGAACGUCCAUAUUCAUGUUCAGAGUGCGGGAAAUCUUUCACUGGGAAAGGAGCACUUUCUACACACCAGAGAAUUCACACUGGUGAGCGUCCUUAUUCAUGUUUAGAGUGUGGGAAAUCUUUCACUGAAAACAAGAACCUUCUCAAACACCAGAGUAUUCACACAGGUGAGCAUCUUUAUUUAUGCUCAGAGUGUGGGAGAUGUUUUACUAACAAAGAAAAGCUUCUUGUACACCAGAGAAGUCACACAGGUGAGCGUCCUUAUUCAUGUUCAGUCUGCAGAAAAUCUUUCGCUAAGAAAGAUCACCUUGUUAGACACCAGAGAAUUCACACGGGUGAGCGUCCUUAUUCUUGUUCAGAGUGCAGGAAAUUGUUCACUUAUAGAUUUCAACUUGUUAAACACAAGAUAAUUCACACAGGUAAGCAUCCUUAUUCAUGUACAGAGUGCGGGAAAUGUUUUUAUCAGAAAGGAGACUUUGUUAGACACCAGAGAAUUCACACGGGUGAGCAACCUUAUUCAUGUACAGAGUGCGGGAAAUGUUUUUCUCGGCAAGGAGAUGUUGUUAGACACAAGAGAAUUCACACGGGUGAGCGUCCUUAUUCAUGUUCAGCCUGUGGAAAAUCUUUCACUAAAAAAGAUAACCUUGUUGGUCACCAGAGAAUUCACACAGGUGAGCGUCCUUAUUCAUGUUCAGAAUGCGGGAAAUUGUUCACUUAUAGAUUUCAACUUGUUAAACACAAGAUAAUUCACACAGGUAAGCACCCUUAUUCAUGUACAGAGUGCGGGAAAUGUUUUUAUCAGAAAGGAGACUUUGUUAGACACCAGAGAAUUCACACGGGUGAGCGUCCUUAUUCAUGUACAGAGUGCGGAAAAUGUUUUUCUCGGAAAGGAGACUUUGUUAGACACCAGAGAAUUCACACGGGUGAGCGUCCUUAUUCAUGUUCAGAGUGCGGGAAAUCUUUCACUAAGAAAGAUAACCUUGUUAGACACCAGAGAACUCACACGGGUGAUCGUCUUGGGACAAAUGUCACGGAUGGGAGUCGUCAUGGCAGCAGUAGUGGUGGCGGUGUCAGGUGGUCCAGGAGGUCAAAGAAAGGAACAAUUAAGACGGAAGUGUGGGGGUCCAGCGGUUAUGGACCCCCUCCGUAUUCCACCGGAAUGGUGUCCGCUGGAAAACGGGAAUUGGUGUACUGCGGGAUAGGGGGUGUUGCUAUGCCUUUAAGGCUGGCGGCUGGGCGAGGCCACGAUAAUAUCUGUCUACAGAGAUCGGAGUCUCGUAUGGAUCACAUGAUGUCAUCAAUGAGGUUGGAAGAGUACCCGAGUCACAUGACUGAGACGAUAUUGAACCUUGCCCUGGAGAUCAUCUACCUGCUGACCGGAGAGAAUUUUCCUCCAGUGAAGUCUGGUGACCAUCUAACCAUCACAGUGCCUUCAUCGCAUUUGCUGAAACCCAAGAAAAACAAUGAGAAGAAGAUUGUGGAAGUCACCAACAAGAUCAUUGUUCUGCUGACAGGAGAGGGUGAAGAACAGAUUAAUAUAAAAGUUGAGGUUAAAGAGGAAGAAGAGGAGACGUAUGUGUGGGGUGAUCAGCUGUCCAUGGAGGAGGUUGGGAUGAUUAUAAAGAGUGAACAGGAUGAAAAUUCAAUACCUAUCAACACAGCAAAUGGAUGCGAUGUCAGGAAUUCCUCACAGAGACAUCCUCUAUUUUCUGCUGAUUGUAAGUCAGAAGAUGAUUUCAUCACACAGGAUCCUCCAGGAGGAAAUCCAAAUACACAAAAUAUACAUCACAGACCUUCCUGUCCGGAGACAGCAAUGCAUCCCUCUGAUCAGGGGGAAUCUUCUCAUCAAUCACAUACUAUGAUUGUAAAUAUCCAUGCAAGAUCUCACACUGCAGAUAGAAUAACAGAUCCUUCUAAUCCCGAGGAAUCUUCCUCACCCCAUGACGGAGUUCACCGAGGUGAGAACUUAUUCACAUGUUUAGAGUGUGGGAAAUAUUUCACUGAAAACAAAAACCUUCUCAAACACAAGAGUGUUCACACAGGUGAGCAUCUUUAUUUAUGCCCAGAGUGCGGGAGAUGUUUCGCUGACAAAGGAAAGCUUCUUGCACACCACAGAAGUCACACAGGUGAGCGUCCUUAUUCAUGUUCAUACUGCCGAAAGUGGUUCACUAAGAAAGAUCACCUUGUUAGACACCAGAGAAUUCACACGGGUGAGCGUCCUUAUUCAUGUACGGAGUGUGGGAAAAGUUUUACUCAGAAAGGAGGUCUUAUUGUACACCAAAGAAUUCAUACGGGUGAGCAUCCUUAUUCAUGUACCGAGUGCGAGAAAUGCUUUACUCAGAAAGGAGACUUUAUUAAACACCAGAUGAUUCACACUGGUGUGCGUCCCUAUUCAUGUUCAGACUGCGGGAAAUCGUUCACUAAUAAAUCUCACCUUGUUAGACACCAGAGAACUCACACAGGUGAGCACCCUUAUUCAUGUACAGAGUGCGGGAAAUGUUUUUCUCAGAAAGGAGUUUUUGUUAGACACCAGAGAAUUCAUACAGGUGAACACCCUUAUUCAUGUACAGAGUGCGGGAAAUGUUUUUCACAGAAAGGAGACUUUGUUAGACACCAGAGAAUUCACAUUGGUGAGCGUCCUUAUUCAUGUUCAGACUGCGAAAAAUUCUUUACUAAGAAAGAUCACCUUGUUAGACACCAGAGAAUUCACACGGGUGAGCGUCCUUAUUCAUGUUCAGACUGCAAAAAAUCAUUCACUAAGAAAGAUCACCUUGUUAGACACCAGAGAAUUCACACGGGUGAGCGUCCUUAUUCAUGUACGGAGUGCGGGAAAUGUUUUUCUCAGAAAGGAGACUUUGUUAGACACCUGAGAAUUCACACGGGUGAGCACCCUUAUUCAUGUACAAAGUGUGGGAAAUGUUUUUCUCAGAAAGUAGCCCUUGUUAGACACCAGAGAAUUCACACAGGUGAGCACCCUUAUUCAUGUACGGAGUGCGGGAAAUGUUUUUCUCAGAAAGAAGACUUUGUUACACACCAGAGGAUUCACAGGGGUGAGCGUCCUUAUUCAUGUUCAGACUGCGGGAAAUUCUUCACUAAGAAAGAUCAAAUUACUAGACACCAGAGAAUACACACGGGUGAGCGUCCUUUUUCUUGUUCAGACUGCGGAAAAACCUUCACCAAGAAAGAUCACCUUGUUAGACACCAGAAAAUUCACACAGGUGAGCGUCCUUAUUCAUGUACAGAGUGCGGGAAAUGUUUUUCUCAGAAAGGAGACUUUGUUAGACACCAGAGAAUUCACAGAGGUGAGCACCCUUUUUCAUGUACAGAGUGCGGUAAAUGUUUUUCUCAGAAAGGAGAUUGUGUUAGACACCAGAGAAGUCACACGGGUGAGCACCCUUAGGCCCCAUUCACACCUGAGCGUAGCGUUUUUGAACGUUUU